AUUGUUGUUAAAGACUAUAAUAAAUUGAGUACAAAUAUUGGAAAAUUAAUUUCAGACAAUAAAUAACAUUUCUUUGGCGCCAUCUAUUAAAAUUCAAAGUUUCUCUUUCCAGAUUGUUUUACAGCACUGGACAGCUCUGGUAAAAACAAAACGAUAUUGUGAACAGCGUACAGACCGUUAUGUCACAGCUGUUUCUCUUCACAACGUGGAGCGGUAGACCGCUCAAGAAGUGUAUUAUUUGAAUUUUAUCAAUUAAAAUUCGACCGGUUAACGCUCGAUGCAAAACUCGCGACAUUAUGCAAUUUCCACUGGCAGGCGUCUGCUCUGCGCAGUGCGUUUGAGGCUCGGCACUGGCCUCAGUUGUGAUAAACGCAACUUGCGUGUUGUUCCUGCUCAAUUUUCUCGUAAUCGCAAACAUGAAACAAAUGUUUCCGCCUUGUUUAAGCCGGUCCAGGUGCAGGCCAAUGCUGACGACGAGGAUGUGGGCUCCGAGCUGGUGGGCAAACUGGAAAAAUCCGAACUGCUGAAGAUACUGAACAAAUUCGCCCAAAAACGAGAAAUCAAAGCGCUGUGUUCGGAGAAUGGUUUGGAUUCCUACUUGCAGCAACAGGCUUUCGGGUCGUUUCGACGUUACUGCAUUGAGGCUGAGAAUCUGCCUGUUGAUGUGCACAUCAUUUUCAGCGACAUUAUGCAAGGUGCGGGUCACAUAGACGACAUCUUUCCUUACUUUCUGCGUCAUGCCAAGACUGUGUUCCCCCAUCUCGACUGCAUGGAUGACCUGAAGAAGAUAUCCGACUUGCGGCAACCCGCCAAUUGGUACAGCAAUGCACGCGCCAUUACCCGCAAAAUCGUUUUCCACUCAGGACCUACAAACUCCGGAAAGACUUAUCAUGCCAUGGAGAGGUAUUUGAGUGCAAAGUCUGGUGUCUAUUGUGGACCGCUCAAGCUACUGGCCACCGAGGUGUACAACAAGGCCAACGAGCGUGGCACACCCUGUGAUCUGGUCACGGGCGAAGAGCGCAAGUUUGGCAUCAGCGAGAACUCGCCAGCCAAUCAUGUGGCAUGCACCGUUGAAAUGACUUCUGUGAACACGCCCUAUGAGGUGGCUGUCAUCGAUGAGAUACAACAGAUAAGAGACCCACAGCGGGGUUGGGCUUGGACGCGAGCUUUCCUCGGACUAAUUGCCGAUGAAGUGCAUGUUUGUGGCGAGGCAGGCGCUUUGGGGUUGCUGCAAAAGAUUUGUGAAACCACUGGCGAAACUGUUGAGGUUCAUCGCUACGAUCGUCUUACGGAGUUGACAGUGGAGGACUCUGCUCUGGGAUCGCUGGACAAUGUGAUGCCGGGAGACUGCAUUGUUUGCUUCAGUAAACAUGAUAUUUAUACGGUUUCGAGAGAGAUUGAAGCAAGGUAAAUUUUGGAAUUUAAUGUUAUAUUGUACAUAAUUUAACCAACUCCUAUUUUAGGGGGGAAGGAAGUAGCUGUCAUUUAUGGAGGUUUGCCUCCAGGUAAGCUGGCGCAAGCUGCGAAGUUCAAUGAUCCCGAGAACAGCUGCAAGGUGAUGGUAGCCACUGAUGCCAUUGGCAUGGGCCUCAAUCUGAGUAUUCGUCGCAUCAUUUUCUACUCGCUGGUCAAGCCUACAAUGAAUGAGAAAGGCGAGCGUGAAAUCGAUACGAUUUCCAUAUCAUCCGCUUUGCAAAUCGCUGGACGUGCUGGACGCUUUAAAACGCAAUGGGAACACGGCUAUGUGACUGCCUUUAAGUCUGAAGAUCUGGUGACGCUUCGACGCUUGCUCAGCCAAACACCGGAGCCUCUAAAGCAAGCAGGUUUACAUCCCACCGCUGACCAAAUAGAACUGUAUGCUUACCAUCUGCCAAACUCGUCACUGAGCAACCUCAUGGACAUUUUCGUCAAUCUGUGCACUGUGGACGAUUCGUUGUAUUUCAUGUGCAACAUUGAGGACUUCAAGUUCCUGGCCGAGAUGAUACAGCAUGUGCCACUGCCACUGCGUGCCCGCUAUGUGUUCUGCUGUGCACCCAUCAACCGCAAGAUGCCUUUCGUGUGCUCAAUGUUCCUGAAGAUAGCGCGUCAAUACAGUCGCAACGAGCCCAUCACCUUUGACUUUAUCAAAAGGAACUGCAACCUGCCGCUGAAGCUGCCCAAAACUAUCCUUGAUCUGGUUCAUCUGGAGGCAGUCUUUGAUGUGAUGGACUUGUACUUGUGGCUCAGCUAUCGGUUUAUGGAUAUUUUCCCUGAGGCUGCCCGAGUGCGCGAUGCUCAAAAGGAGUUGGAUGAGAUCAUCCAGCAAGGCGUAUUUCAGAUAACUCGUCUGCUGAAGAACACAGAAGCUGGCCAGGACAGCGAUGUGCCCACUUACAAUACGCGUCGCGUAACGUCGGUGAAGGAGCCUCGUCUGCCAAGCUCGUCGCGUGGUCGUCUCACGGAGCGAUUGCUGGCUCAAGGUCUGCUGACUCCAGGCAUGCUCAGCGAGCUGCGUAAAGAGUGGGAUGCUCAAGCAACGGGGCCCAAAGAUUCUCAGGAUUAUAGUGCAGACAGUGACGAUGAUGAGAGCACGAAGAAGACGGCGCGUCGCAAGCGCAGAAAGUAGACUAGGAUUAGAUAGAUUGGGGGAAUUGAUUGAUCAACAGAGAGAUAAAUAGAGAUGUGUAUGUGUAUAGUUAGCGUAACAUGGAGCCAUAAGCUCUACGUAGCCGUUGUUAAUGUUAUCAUUUUAUUUGUAAGUCACAAUUAUGUAAUAUUAAAAUUAUUAUUUUAAUAAUCAACAAUGACAA